UCCUCGUCAUGCCCCACCGGUUGGUCAUUACCGGCCGUGUUCCCAGGGUCAUACCUUAAAAUUUAAAAUUUUGCACCCCUCAUGGACGAGCUGUACAAAAAAUACGUUGAUCUUCUGAAAGAGAAUAGCACGCUCAAAUUGAGGAUAGCAGCGCUUGAACACGAGCUGUCAAAGAAUGGAGAGACAGGCAGAGCGGUGCACGACCACAAAGAGAACGAGAACAACGCCUUUCUGAUCGAGAGGAUAGAUAGGCUGGAAAAAGAAAAGCUGGUGUGGGACAGGGCUGGUGCAGGGUGCACGACGGGUGCGCACCAAGAGGAAAUAAAGCAGUUGAACGACCACUACAAGGCCAUCCUGAAGGACUUUCGCACGAACAUAACGGGUCUGCUCGGUUUCAAGGUUGAUAUGAUCGAUGAUGCCGUGCACCUGCACUCGCUGUACUCGUUUGACAGGAGCGAUGUGUUCUCGUUCAAUGUCAAUGGCAGCUGCUACGAAAUGGUGAACAACCAUUUUGCGGAGGGGUACAAGAGGGAGAUAGAGACGUACGUGGUGAAGGGACGGAGUGUGCCUGCCCUGUUAGCACAUGUUACGCUUGAUUUGUUUAGCAAGAGGACCUUUCAGUGAGUGAAACGUGUGUUUGGUGGGGCUGUGGUGAUCAGGAGCAUUCGUUGGCGUGUCCCGGUAACGCGCAUGUAUUCGUGCCGAACAAAGGACGUGGCCAAUAAAAGCACUUGUAGAGAGAAUGAUGUUAAAUUAUGAGGGUCUUUCAAGCGUACCGUUCGUCAAUCUCAACCGGGUGGUGCGGUCCUGAACAUAUCCAGGGAAUGUUCUCAUAGGACCGUGAUACGUCUCUUUACAGCUGUGCCUCUGCAGCCGGUGUGCCUGUUUCUCUUGAAGAACUAAAAUUACUUUUAGGUGCAGAGUGCGUCAGCAUCAAACGGGCGUGGUUCUCCAACAGUAAUGGUGCACACACGUGUUGGUGCUUUGGAAGGAACACAGUCGUUUGUUACGAUUCGUCGCUCUUGUGUGGCUGCGCGUGAACCGAGAGCUGUGUUAUGAGCUUGGUGGGCCCGUAAGAAAUUUUCUAUUCCUGACGUUUUGGUUGAAACGUAAGAAAAGGUUGAAUGAUUGAUCGCAGGAUUUACGUGAAGGGCUGUUCGGUGUUUUGCUAAAAUUUUGGUUGCCAGGUACUCUGAUGGCCGUUAAUGGUCGCAUCGUGCGCACUACGAUGCUUGUCUGCGUUGCACUCGGUACCAAAAACGGACCUGAUGAUGCGGUGCCAGGGCCCCCUGCUGGAAGACUGCCGUUCCCUGAACAACACCUUUAACACGGAUCACCAUACGCACAGGCACGUCCACCUCCUAUAAUUACACGUUUAUUUAACCGCCCCGCAUCUUCUCCAUAUCCCUUUCAAUUCCUGCCAGCUCAUAGACCAGGGUGUCAAUCUUAGGAUAAUAAACAUCAUCACCAACGCUAUUCAUCUUCACGUCCAGGUCGGCGUGUUUCUUGAACUUGUCCCUCAAUGCCUG